CGAAGACUUUGGAACACUUUGCCUUCAAGGGAAACUCAGGCUGCGAACAGCAGCAAUUCCCGCGCGCCCGAGUCUGAUUGGCCACCGUGAUCUCAGCCGCGCUUUCCCGCUUAUAGAUGUACCGACAGCCGACUAUCGAUUAGACAUGCACCUCCACUCCGGGCCUCGUGUCAGCGCGAACACCUGCAUCAAUGUCAAGUCUUGAACCGUGUUCGCACCGAAGCCGCCUUGCCUUUCGUAAUCAAAGAUCUCGCAGCUCAUGUCGAGUCUGGCGCAGCUAUUGCAAUGAACCACACAGCCUCUGGAUUUGAAGAGCCCCUCGUUACGGAUACCCCGCGGCCGUUUCCGGAGCAAUGCGCGCGGAUACAUGAACGCAUCGACGCGUUCUUGGGUGCAAAGGAUGUGCCAGAGCGAGUAAGGAAUGUGCAGGAGCAGACGCGCAUCGCCUUGGAUGUGAUAGAGAAGGCAUUGGACCAGUACAAGCUGCCUGAGCUGUCUCUUGCAUAUAAUGGCGGCAAAGACUGCCUUGUACUGUUGAUAUUGUACCUAUGUGCUCUACAUAAACGCGGCGUUACAUCCUCCACGCCCUCGUCGAACAUCGAAACCGCUGUACAAUGUGUCUACAUACAAGAUAAGCACCCGUUCAAAGAGGUGGAGGAGUUUGUUGCAACAAGUAUCAAGACAUACUCGCUGUCCCUUCUCGAGUACGCAAAACCUAUGAAGGAGGCGUUCACAGACUACCUUCGAGACACACCAUCAGUCAAGGCCAUAUUAGUGGGAACGCGACGAACAGACCCUCAUGGAGAGCAUCUGAAGCAUUUCGAUCCCACAGACAAUUCAUGGCCAACAUUUGUGCGCGUACAUCCGGUAAUAGACUGGCAUUAUGUAGACAUCUGGACAUUCAUACGAUACCUGAACAUUCCAUACUGUUCACUGUACGAUUGCGGAUAUACCUCCUUGGGCGGAACUACGGAUACUCACCCAAACCCAAAACUCGCGCGGCAAUCUUCGACAAAUCAAGUGCCACAGACAAGCCAGCCAAAUGGCACAACAAAACCCAAGUUUAGACCGGCAUACGAACUCGUUGAUGAUUACGAGGAAAGACUAGGGAGGGAUAGAUAGCAUAUUUGAACUUUAGAGCUUCACAAUCACCAAUCGCAUUGCAUUCCACUGGCUCUACACGAUGUUACUCGAAAUCGUAUGCGUGGUUUCAAGUUCUGAGUCUGAAGUUGCACCUCGAAGGUGGGGUGAGGAGCUUGGGCUGCCGCGUGGCCGACCUCGGAAAACUCUCGAAGCUUCAAGCAUCA